GGCGCAGCGCCGAGGCCUCGUCCCCUCAGCGCCCCGUUCCCGCCUCCGGCCGGGGCCGCGCGACGCCAUGUUAUGGCUGGGGCCGGGCCGGGCUGGGGGGCGGCUGCUGCUGCGCUGGGCCCGCGGAGGGGCCCCCGCGGCCGUCCCGCGGCGGGGUGCGGAGGUGCUGGUCGGCGGGGAGGGCGGCGGUAUUGCUGAAAUCCUAAUGAACCGACCCCAUGCAAGAAAUUCAUUGGGAAAAGUAUUUGUAAAUGAACUUUUUAGCGCUCUGGAACAGCUCCGCUUUGAUGAGAAAGUUCGUGUGGUGGUGUUCAAGAGCGAAGUGAAGGGCAUAUUUUGUGCUGGUGCGGACUUAAAGGAGCGUGCACAGAUGGAUGAUGCAGAAGUUGGACAUUUUGUUAAAAGGCUGAGAAAUCUCAUGGAUGAAAUAGCUGCCUUGCCUGUACCCACAAUUGCUGCAAUAGAUGGCUACGCAUUGGGCGGUGGACUAGAAAUGGCGUUAGCUUGUGACCUUCGAGUAGCAGCCUCAUCAGCUAAAAUGGGCCUUAUUGAGACCACAAGAGGGCUUCUUCCAGGAGCAGGUGGAACCCAGCGCCUGCCCAGAUGUGUUGGAGUAGGUCUUGCAAAGGAACUCAUUUUCACGGGUAGACAAAUUGAUGGACAAGAAGCCUUCUCAAUGGGAUUAGUAAAUCACGCAGUACCCCAAAAUGAGGAGGGAGAUGCAGCUUACCAGAGAGCAUUAACUUUAGCCAAAGAAAUCCUUCCUCAGGCUCCAAUUGCUGUGAAAAUGGGAAAGCUGGCAAUAAACAGAGGAAUUGAGGUUGAUAUUGCAUCAGGGAUGGCCAUUGAAGGCAUGUGUUAUGCCCAGAAUAUUCCCACAAGAGACCGUCAGGAAGGGAUGGCUGCCUUCAAGGAGAAACGACCACCUCGGUUUAUUGGCAAAUAAUGCUUCCUGGCUUCUCCCUUCCUACCUCCCCAACCCCAAUUUUAAAAAAAAAAAAAAAAGUAGGCAUGAAGAGAGACACACUAAUUUCUUGGGAUUAUUUUUAUGACUCCACUCUGUAUACUUGGCUCCUUGCCCUGGACUGCAUUUUUGAAUACUCCACUGGAUCAUUUGCUCUUAUCAAAUAAAGAUUUAAAUUUGUACAUCUGA